CUCAGAUCCAACACCUGAAGAGUGCAAGCAGCUGGCGAAACCUUUAUCUUUGGCCGACCCCUCUGUGAUGUUUGGCAGAACACACUUGCUUGCAUUGUACACGGAUCAUGAUUUCUAUAAAUCAGUCAUUAAGAUGACCGACAGCUCCUGGGUUAACAUCACAGCGUCUCCAUCCAGCAGUUCUCAGGUGCUCCAGACUCAGGAGAACAAGAUUAAUGGAACCUGCCUUACUACAUUGUUCAACAUGACGUUGGACGGCAACACAGUGACAUCAUUCUUUUCGAACGGGAGGUCCGUCUCCCACAUCCUGCCCAGUUGUGAUGGCUGUCUGGUCUUCAUUUCGAACAUCACCAUCAACCAUGUUACUGAUGCGGAUGAGAUCCACACUCGAGCUCUUUAUUUCUUAGGCAGGGAGUCCACCCUGAAGGACUCUGAUCUGGAGCAUUUCAAAAAGCAGGCGCGCUGCUUCGGUUAUUCUGGAGAGCCAUACUACCGACACAAUCCUGAGAAAGGUUACUGUCAGGAGGGUGAAGGCAUCAAAGUGCAAUACUAACAAAAACUGUUAAACCUGCCUGAGAGACGAAUUAAAAAACCAAACCGAUUUGUCUGUGUCUAAUGCACGAUGACUUAAACCAGUAGUUUCAGACUUGUUUUAUCAGAUAUGUCUGAAUCAGAGGUCCGUAUCGACAUUUCUGCAAAGGAACUUCUUGGAAAUGUGCAGAUAGGAAUCACAGAUUAGAUUGAGAUUCAGAGGCUUGUGAAGCGAUAAUAAAAUGGUUGAUGAUGCAAUUUUCUGUCCUUCACUUUAGGAUGAUCUUUCUUCACUUGUGACUCAGUUAUUGAUUUCAGUUUGUUCCUGUUGUCCCACUUUGUUCAGCUAGAUGCUGGGUACUGUAACAUCUGGAUGUAACCUCAGUCCAACAGCUGGAAUGAAAAAUAAGUACCUCCUAAAGGGAAAGGGAAAUUGUAUUGUACAAUGUUAAUUUUUUUUAAAGUUAUUACAGCCUCUUAUAAAUUUUUUGAAAUAAAGGAAUUUUUGCACAAUA